GUUUUGUUUGAUAUCAAUGUUGAACAUCAAUCAUCAACAAAGCUGAAGCGUAGAUGGUUUUUCCUGUCACCUGAGGCCUCUACUUACCACCGAACUGUGACAAUGCGUUGGUGGCUCUCUCUUGGCUGCCUGUGGAGCUGCUUCCUGCUUCUACUGGCUUUGAUCAGCUAUCACUUCUACCAAUCAUGUGGCAGCCCUCAGACCACCCAACUCUGGUCCACACUAGCCAACAGCCACACCCAGGCUCGGGACAACCUCUCCGACUACUGGUCAUCUCGCAGCAAACUCUUGACUGCCGACCAGCUCCUGGAGACAGGUGGCACAGUGGUGCUCCAUGGUGCUGAACAGCAGGUCAAUGACCUUCUGACUGUGUUCAAAAGGGAGGAGUACAAGGAGACUCCAUUUGAGGCCGGCAGACACUUUAUGAAUGCACGAGAGGAUAUAGAAAAGUCAAAUGUCUUUGAGCUCAUCCGCAUGAUGCCUAAAGGCAGCAUGUUGCACAUUCACGACAUCUCGAUGUUGUCUGUAGAGAAGCUGGUAUCCAACGUCACCUAUAUGGACCACCUUUACCUCUGCAACUCCACUCAGUCGUCAGGUGAGCCGGACGUACGGUUGCAGUUUUUCGCCGCCCCGGACAUGUCCUGUGAUUGGCUGCUGCUGAGUGACGUCAGAGCAUCCCUCGGAGCCGGCCCGGUGGACAAGUGGCUGAUUAGACAGCUGUCCAUGAUUGUGGAGCGGCCCGAUGACGUAUACGAGGACCUGCACAGCUCGUGGGCGGCCUUUGACGGCGUCAUCAGCCGGGUGCGGGGUAUGAUACACUACGAGCCGGCCUGGAGACGGGUGAUCAGUCUGGCACUGCAGGAAAUGGCCGACGAUAACAUCCAGUACGCGGAAAUACGUUCGUCGCUGCCUCAAUUGAGUGACCUGUCGGGUAACCUGUACCCGGCCUCCCACACCAUCGACAUUUACCGGGCGGCGCUUCUGGAGGCGGCCAGCAGCGACCAGGGUAACCGGUUCUGGGGAGGACGGGUCAUCCUGGCCAUGAGCAGACACGUCUCACCCGAACAGGUGUCUGCGGACGUGGACCGUGUGCUGCAGCUGCACGCCGACCAGCCCGACCUGGUGGCAGGGUUUGACCUGGUGGCAGAGGAGGAUUGCGGCGCUCCGCUGAAGGAGUUUGUACCACAGCUGCUGCGACUGGCAGAGAACGGAGUGCAGACUUUCUACCACGCCGGAGAGACGUACUGGCUGGGCACUGACGUAGAUGAGAACCUGUACGACGCCAUCCUGCUGAACGCCUCCCGUAUCGGCCACGGGUACGGCAUCGUCAAGCACCCGCUGCUGAUGAGGGAGGCGGCGCGGAGAGGCGUGGCCAUGGAGGUGUGCCCCAUCUCCAACCAGGUUCUGGGCCUGGUCAGCGACCUCCGUAACCACCCGGCGGCUGUACUCCUCGCCUCUGGCCUCCCUGUGGUGGUAUCGGCCGACGAUCCGGGCGCCUGGGGUGCCGCCGGGCUCUCCUACGACUUCUACCUGACACUGAUGGCGCUGGCCGGCCGGCGCGCCGACCUGAGCACGCUCAAAGAGCUGGCCAUAAACUCCAUCAGGUAUUCGUCACUGCCAGACGCUGAGAAACAGCAGUUGGGGAUGGAGUGGAACAAACGCUGGGACGAGUUCAUUGACCAGGUGGUCGACAAGUAUCAGUUGAGGACGUAAGGAUGGCUGGCGCUGCACGAGGCACUAGCUGGUAAAUGACAUAGACUAUCAGUUGUUUGACACAGUAACAACUGGCUGUACUUGACACAUCGGUCUGCAACUGACAAUUAACAGUCCUAGCUGAUAUUUGACACAGUACCAGGCUAUCUGGUAUCUGAUUAAACACAGAAGACACACUUGCCAAAUGACAGGGCAGGCAAUCAAAUACCGGGGGGAAGGGACACACAGGGCGGGUUUAUAGUCGCGAAUGGUUGUGUGAUGUUAUAAGGUGAUAAUGACGGUAAUAUGCGAUAGCGGUUAGAGUUGGAGAACCUGACGAGUGACCGAAAGGUGCAGAACUUUCAGGUUACCUCCACUGUUCGUUCCAGUGAAUAGGUAGAACGAACUAUUGGACCGUUUGUUUGAUUUUUUUCGCUACUUAUUAAAUCUCCCUACUUAUUUCUUCGUGAUGUGCUUACAUGCUAGCAUUCAAUGUUUAAAUGACGAAAGUGGUUGUUUUAUUUUGUACCGAUUGUUGGGUUAUAUUGAGUAAUGACAAUGCCGUUGCUGUCUUAGCAAUCAGUAGCAAUUAUAUUAGAACAGUGAUGACGUGAAUUAAAUGCCAGGUGCUGCCUUAUCACUGUGACUUGAUUGUGUUCCGUUGUUGUGACUUGGUCAGUAACAAGGGCUAGUGACACUGAACAAUGUUUCAAAUGUUCCUCGAUUUACUUGUCGAUCUUUUGGAUUGUUUGACUUGAUAUAGUUGAAUUUUCUAAGUCAUGUUUCGUAAAAAAAAACUGUGAUGCUUGCGUGUGAUAUUAUAAAAAUGUGUUAUGUUCAUUAGUAAUUAAGGACAAAAUGAAAGUUCUUCCAUGGUAGCAUGACAACGUGAAGUGAAUGAGUUUGACAUGGUGAGUAUUGAUAUUACAAGAGGCCAGUUACUAUAUGAUGACAUGCGUUUUGUUACUAAUGCAUUAUUUUAUUUACGCUCGUCUAUGCUUAAGAUGAUGCAUGCAACGUUAGUAAAAAUAAAUGUUUUUUAUUUCUAUAUUUUUGCGCAUAGAUCGUUAAGCUACAGACUGCUUAUUGCCAUGUUUUUUU